AAUGAAUGUAGUAAGAAAUAACACGUACAGUUCAAAAGGUGUAUUUUUCUUUGCAACAAUAGGUGGCAGCACUUAGUUGUUGAGAUUUUCUGCAAGGCCAUAGUGAAAGUGUAAAACUCACCAUGCCAGUCUGUAAUACCACUGAGAGCAAGCUGCGCAGAAGAGGAGAAUGGAGCCCUUGACUCGUUCAGAGGUGUUUGUACAGCUCCGGAAGGAGCUCUAUGGAGACAAAGAGUCAAGUCAUUCCAACACGCAUAUUUUUAUCAUCCUGGGAGCGUCUGGAGAUCUUGCUAAAAAGAAGAUCUAUCCGACAUUGUGGUGGUUAUUCAGAGAUGGCCUGCUCCCAGAGAACAUCUAUAUUGUGGGUUUUGCUCGGUCUAACCUGACUGUGGAGAACAUUAAGGCAGCAUGUAUGCCUCACAUGAAGGUCACUGAUGACGAACUUGAUAGUCUAUCAGCCUUCUUCAAAAGGAACUCUUACCUGAGUGGUCGCUACGAUGUUGGCAGCUCCUUUGAACAACUGAACAGCCAUCUAUUAUCUCUGCCAGGAGGAGAAAACGCCAGCCGACUCUUCUACCUGGCUCUGCCUGCCACUAUCUACCACCAUGUUGGCACAAACUUGAGAGAACACUGCAUGAGCUGCAAAGGCUGGAACAGGGUAAUCUUUGAGAAGCCGUUCGGUCGUGACCUCCAGAGCUCCCAGGAGCUAUCGGUCCACCUGUCUUCCCUGUUCAAAGAAGACCAGAUCUACCGCAUAGAUCACUACCUGGGAAAAGAGAUGGUCCAGAACCUUAUGAUUCUCAGGUUUGGAAAUCGCAUUUUUGGACCCAUAUGGAACAGGAACAGUGUGGCCUGUGUGGUGCUCACCUUCAAGGAGCCCUUUGGCACUCAGGGCCGUGGAGGAUACUUUGAUGGCUUUGGGAUCAUAAGAGAUGUCAUGCAGAAUCACCUGCUUCAGAUGCUCUGUUUGAUUGCAAUGGAAAAACCUGCAUCCACCAGCCCAGCUGAUGUGAGGGAUGAGAAGGUGAAAGUGCUGAAGUGCAUAUCUUCUCCUGAUAUGAGAAAUGUGGUGCUUGGUCAGUAUGUUGGAGAUUCAGAAGGGGAGGGUGACUCCAAGCUGGGUUACCUUGAUGAUCCCACAGUACCAAAAAGGUCCUGCACACCAACGUUCGCAACUGCAGUUCUCUACGUCCAUAAUGAAAGAUGGGAUGGGGUUCCUUUCAUUCUGCGCUGUGGGAAAGCUCUAAAUGAGCGGAAAGCAGAGGUGCGUCUGCAGUUCACGGAUGUACCUGGAGACAUCUUUGCUGAACGCUGUCAGAGAAACGAGUUGGUGGUCCGUGUGCAGCCAGACGAGGCUAUUUAUCUGAAGAUGAUGACCAAGAGGCCUGGAGUUUUCUUCAGCCCAGAGGAGACUGAGCUGGACCUCACUUACAAGAGCAGAUACAAGAAUGUGAAGCUCCCUGAUGCUUACGAGAGACUGAUUCUGGAUGUCUUCUGUGGAAAUCAGAUGCACUUUGUCCGCAGCGAUGAGUUGCGAGAAGCCUGGAGGAUCUUCACCCCCCUUCUCCACCAAAUAGAAGCUGUAAAGAGACAGCCAAUUCCUUACAAAUAUGGAAGUCGUGGUCCCAGUGAAUCAGAUGAUCUUAUGCAGAGGGUGGGCUUCCGCUACGAGGGAAGAUACAAGUGUUUUACCUAACUGGAACAACACACGUGCAAGGAUCGGGACAUGCAUUGAUCUUUCCCGGGAUUCGGACAUUUGUGGGAAGAACAGUCUCAAUGAACAUGUGUUUAAACGCCCGAGUCCUUGUGCUUGUUUUCCUAUAAUAGUAAUGUUGCAGUCUGCUGGUUGGAAUGUUGUGAAGAGUCGAGUCAUUGUAGUUGAGCUAUAUCUCAUUCUUUAUGACCAAAAACUGUUACUGAUUUUAUUAAAACUAAUUUUUUUUUAAAUCAAAUAAUAAAUGUCAGCCAUGUAUAUUUCA